CUUUCUCUCUCUCUCUCUAUCUCUCUUUUUCUUUCUUUCUUUCUUCUCUCUCCUUCCCUUCCCUUUCCUCUCUGUUCCCAUUGCUCUGCUUCAAUCCUCUGUCUCGAUAUUUAUAAAUGUAGAGACAGAUGGUUUUGUGCAGAAGUGAUUUUACAAUGGCUGCAGAUUAUUUUGAAGGUAAUUUUUUUAGUGACUGGUAAGGAAUAGUCCUGAGCCAUCAGCUGAAAUACACUCACUCUCUGUAUUUCCUGAUGAGGGAAUGCACUAAGGAACUUGCCUGCUGGCAGAGAUUAGGGUUUGUUGGUCUGAGCCUUCUUCUGAAAAUGUCUGUUGUGGGUUGAGAUGCAGAAUACAGAAGUAUUACCCUUCCAAAGCCAUCUGAAGAAAAUGAAGACUUGCAUAAAAGUUUUACUGACAUUUCAUUUUCUUCUGAGGGAAAUUUGGUACUUGUUUAUGAAUAUUAUUCCAGUUACAGUGGUCUGUGUGAAAAUAAUCACAGUAUUGUGAAGUGCCUUGUACUGCUUUUUCACUCCCUUUUCUGCAGGGGAAUAAACUUACACUUCAAUAGCAGUGUAACUGAUUCCAUGCAAAGUUCAUGACUUUGGGAAUGCUGGUAAAGUUAAAAGGUUCGAACUCUUCCCUGUGGUGCAAGAAAUUAACUGCCUCACUCCUCUGCCAGGUUAAUGUUUUUGGUAAAGUAUCAAUAAUUGCAUCAUCUCCAACACACAUACCCAGGCAUUGAGUUCAUGCUGUGCAUUUCAUGUGCUCAUUUCUCAUUUAUUUCCUGAGGCUACUGAUGAUACAAGGCUUUCUUACUUUGAUCCACAGAGGUGGUAUACUCUAUCUGACAAGUUCUUGGGCUCUGGUAGCACUUGGCAAUGCACCUUGUUCCACAAAUCAUUGCUCUAAUUUUUCACCUGGCACAACUCAAGCCCAGUCUGGCAGAAACAGCUCCUGUAGAGUUGCUAUUCUGCUGCCUGUGUCCCUUUGUGCUGGAGACUUCCUGCUAGCUCUGUGGUCAGAGCAGUUGUCAGCCCAGCCCCAGUCCUGUCAAGCAGGGAGAUGCAGGGGUGCAGUGGGCCUCCUUUUGUCGCAGCUGGUGCCCUUCGGUGUUUGCAGGUUAGUGGGAGCUGGGAGACACCCCUGCUUCAUGCCCAAUUGUCUGGGAGAGGCUCAGUGUGCCAUCACUCUAGAGAACCAAAGAUGCUCAGGAACACUGGCAGAUGUUCACACCAGUCUGACUGGUAGUGUUAGCGACUGAUCUGGUGUUUCUACAGGAAAAAAGCUUGAAUCAGGAAUUCUCACUGUGUGGUGAGCUCAGUGUUCCCCUGCCCAGGGGCUGCUCCUGCAGCUGGGCUUUGGGUACAUUCUUUUUUCCAGCUUUCUGCCUGUGACUUGCAGCCAUUGGAAGCUUAUCAGAAGCAAAAGUCUCUGUUCAUUUGCCCAGCUGGACAAUUUCAGCAGUUUAUUGCAGAGAUUAGGUCAGCCCAUUGUUCCAAUGCUCCAUGGUUUAAAAUCACUUCUGCCUUUCAAGCCGAUGCUAUAACACAGUGCAGAAAUAGGUUUUCUCUAUGGGUGGCAUGGAGUUCCAUCUGAAAAAACCCUCUCUCUUUGCUCCUGAGCACUUGCUCUGUUUGCAGCCUCUUCUACACUAAGGGCUCACUGCAAUGUUAAUAGCAGGAGUGGAUAGUGUGAACACCCUUGUGAAUACUAGUCUGGGAAGGUGGAUCCUUUUUCAGGGUUGGUCGGUUUGUUUUGCACCAGUCAGCCCUGCUAGGACUUAAGAUUGAGUAGCAAAAAUAGAAGAGAAGACCUUCAUGUUUGUAUUUACCGUCAUUACUGCACACCGAACGAUUAAGUACGGUAUCACAAACAGGUGAUGGGGGUGGUGUCACAAGCAGACGCGACACCCACCCACCCGCGUUCCGGCGUUGCCCGGAGCUGGGCCCGGCCGCUCGCAUUGCGUCCUGGAGCGCAGCUUCCCUGCAGCCGGGACGCUCCUCUCGCAGUCCCGCAGGUCCCGCAGGCUCGAUGUCGUCGCCGGGGCGGUCCGCGGCGGCGGAGCAGACUCUGCUCGUGGGGAACUUGGAGAGCCGGGUCAGGGAGGAGAUCCUCUACGAGCUCUUCCUGCAGGCUGGACCAUUAACCAAAGUGAUGAUUUGUGAGGACAAAGAAGGAAAACCUAAGUCUUUUGGAUAUGUUUGCUUUAAACACAAAGUAUCAGUGCCUUAUGCAAAAGCUCUGCUGGAUGGAAUCUGUUUGUAUGGAAGACCAAUUACUGUGCAGUAUUGGAAGGAGAGUUCUCACUCACCAGAACUAGACAGUUGUACAGAUGAUUUUGAACACCAUAUUGACUUAGAUUCUCCUGAAGACAGGCAUGAAGACCUUUCUGGAAAUUCUCCAUUUCCUGUUACUCCUUUGCCAGUGAACAACCAUUUACUUCAUGAUCACCCUGGCUUUCAAGAGGUGGUGAGUUUGUGUUAAAAGUUAAAAAUUUGGGAGCAUUUUUAUGAAACUGAAUACAUUUUGCAUUUCUGCAAAAAAAAGUGCUUACUUCAGGUCUCAAAAUGUGCUAUAAACACAAUAUUAGGACAUUUCAGGAUCCUCUAAUAACAGGAUCUACAAAACCAAGCUAUUUUCUUCCUGCAAGAAUAUUUUAAAGGCAUAGAGCUUAAGAAAGCUAAAAAUGCUGUGGAAUAUCUCAGACAGAUAUUUGUAGACUGGGGACUGGCCAGCCCUUGGAACUACACAAGGGGGGCAGUCUGGAUCAACUACCCUUGUUGGCUGCAAUCUGAGCAGGAAAAUGGAGAGAAUCUGUUCCUCACCUAUGGGGUGGGGGC